CCUUGUGCACAUGCGUAUUAGUGGUAGGCGGAGUUUUCCAGUCGGUCAGGAAGAGGAGAAAGGCGGACACAGAAACAUCAAGCGAUGGCUGCUAUCAGGAAGAAGUUGGUGAUAGUUGGGGAUGGUGCAUGUGGGAAGACCUGUCUGCUCAUCGUCUUCAGUAAGGACCAGUUCCCAGAGGUCUACGUCCCCACUGUGUUUGAGAACUAUGUGGCAGACAUUGAAGUGGAUGGGAAACAGGUAGAGCUAGCACUUUGGGAUACAGCAGGUCAAGAAGACUAUGAUAGACUGAGACCUCUCUCCUACCCCGACACUGAUGUUAUUCUCAUGUGCUUCUCUGUAGACAGCCCUGACAGUUUAGAGAAUAUUCCAGAAAAGUGGACACCUGAAGUGAAACACUUCUGUCCAAAUGUUCCCAUCAUCCUGGUGGGCAAUAAAAAAGAUCUGCGCAAUGAUGAGCACACCAGACGAGAGCUUGCCAAAAUGAAACAGGAGCCAGUUAAAUUUGAAGAUGGCAAAGAGAUGGCGAACCGCAUCAGUGCCUACGGCUAUCAAGAAUGUUCUGCCAAAACCAAAGAUGGUGUGAGGGAAGUCUUUGAGAUGGCAACUAGGGCAGCACUGCAGGCCAAGAAACGUGGCAAGAAAUCUACCUGCCUUCUGUUAUAGGCUCUGGGAGAAGAGGCAGCUUCCAUUAAAAUUUGACAUAGGGGAGAAAAUUGGGGAGGUUUUGUGGAUGCUCAAUUUCUUAUCACCCAAUUAUCCUCAGCAAAUUAAAGCAGGUCUUAAAUUAUUUGGUAGGCCCCUACAUCUUGUUCCUUGGUCUAUACAUUAGGUUAAGUGCCAUUUUGCUCUCGCCUAUCAAAAACUUUCAGAUCUAGAAGUUUGUAGGGCAGGUGGUGGGGUGUGAUUUGAAGUUGAGUAGAUGUAGACGGGGUUAAAAUGUGCCAUGAUGGGAAUGAAGAGAGAAAAGGUCCUGACCAGGCCAAAGACAAUAGGGACAUGUGAAAAAAAGACAGAAAUAUAAAAUAUGUUUGAAUUAAUGCUGCGUUCCAGGCAACCCGUAACUCGUGUUUUCACAACCGUCUACCCGUGAAAGCGCUCUGGAACGGCAGUCAAACCCGUAACUUACUACUCGUGAACUCGUACCAGAUCGUUGUACUCCCAAUUAGUUUGUGAUGUCACACGCACAUAAACAACAAUGGCGACCCCUGUUGAUGCUGUACAGACGCCGGUGAUUAACGGUGAAAAAUAUAAAUAAAUAGGCAAUGUAAAGUAAUUCAGUUAACGUUAGGUAGCCUAACCUGAACCCUGCCAACGGCACAAUGUUUUGCUAGCCAGCUCGUGACUUUGACUGGAACGCUACCAAGUCGUGAGUCGUGACUUGAAGUCGUAACUUACUGGCUAAAAAUUGUGUCUGGAACGCAGCAUAAGACCAUGUCUAAGUGGAUUUUACACAGUAUCGCCUACAUGUAGUGCCUUGAGAGCAGUGGUCAAAAAGAGUUAGUUGUGGGGUAGGGAUUUAUAACUUAGAUCGGGUAUUAUUUUGUCAUUUGUAGUGUCCACACAUCACAUUUGUGAAUGCUUUCUCCCUGUCAUUGGCUUUGCUCCUUCAGGCCCAUAUUUUAACUCAGGCGCUAUGCAUGGGUAUGCCUAAACUCGAUUGUAUGAGAUAUUUUCCCAUAUUGAAGUGUGUGUGUGACUGUGUGUGUGUGACUGUGUGUGUGUGUGACUGUGUGUGUGUGUGACUGUGUGUGUGUGUGUGUGACUGUGUGACUGUGUGACUGUGUGACUGUAUGGUGGUUUGAUUUCUCCUGUGCAGGUCUGCAUGCAGUGAAUGUGUGUAUAUUUGUGUGGGUGUGUAUUAACAGUGUCUAUGUACUGUAUGCAUGGAAAGGCCUUCUGUGUCACUGACCUAACCCCUCAUUUCCAUGCCAAAGUUACCCCUAAUGGCCACAUUUUAUGGCUCAGAUGGGUAAUGGAAUUAACAGCUACUCAGAGUGACAUAAAAACUUUUUACUUUACUGGAAGACAUUGUACUAUACCUAGAGGCACAAUCAGGUUAAACAUAUGAGUUUUUAGGACCUUUUUUGUGUAUACCAGAGAUUCAUUUGAGUGAUUUAAUCAGUGGGUCAAAUCAUGAGUGGUGUAGUUGAUAAAUUGAAUAUUCUUUUAGAUAGAUUAUAGGUUUAUCUUAUUACUAUAAUGUCCAUUAUGUACUGUAUGUCUUACAAGGCUUUGUAAGGACAUGUUAGCGAUGUGUAUUUCAAGUUUGCCUUUUACUCAACUCUCCCCAUCCGUUCUUUAAUGGUAUUGUCAUUAUUGUACUAUAACUUUUUAUUGUUAAUGUCUCUAAUUUUCUUAGUAUAUUUUAAUCAUUUUAAUUAAUCCUGCUGUUAUGAUCAGUUUAUGUCAGUUAAAUGAUACAUUGUAACCGUAGUAUUGUUUUGUUUAGUUAAUUGAAAGUAAAGCGCCGGGUGUAAGGCUGAAAGUUUUGUGGGUGGGCUUUAUUUCUUUUUUAUUUUUUUUUUAUUUUAUUGUGACAUAUUAAGGUUUUUGUUUCUGGAUUUUUUUUUCUCCAAAUAAAGCUGAUAGGGUUUUCUGUUGUAAGGUA